AGUUACGUGAAGACUUCAGUCAACAGCAGAUCUAGACCAGUCAAGUGUCGUGACUUCCGAGUUUUCAAUAAUUGAAGUUCAAAUAAUUUUUUUUUUCGUUAAACAUUGGAUUAACAUUUGCGAAUAAAACAAAAAAGUUCUAUAUAUUUUUCUUGAUAAUCGAACUUUGUGAGAUAUUUUUCUUGAUAAUUGAUUGUUGAGUGACACUGUUUACUGAUGGAGACUUACUACGACACAUCUGAUUUACCUAUGUCCCAGCGUGUACCUAAUAGUGGAUUAUAUGACACUAUGGCUGAUGAUCACGGAUAUUACACAUUGUACCCGAAUUCAGGUGCAUGUGAUCUGUGGCAAUUGACUAAGGAUGACAAUCCAAUGUUGGCAUCUCUCGAUGGUAUACACAGUGGAGUCCCCACCCGAACAACUCCAACAUUGACCCCAACAACCCUUCGCAACAUUGAGCAAGCAUUUUUGGAAUUAGCGAGUGAAUCAGGCCAGCACAGCCGCGAAGCAGGGUUCGUACCACCCCUGGUGGAGCCCUCCCAGCCAACACCGGCCCAGACCCAGAAUACUUGUGGACAACAGCAGCAUCACAACACUGUUCUCCUGGAGAAUCAACAGUCAAGACCAAUUCAACAGGCGAGAAGGAACAUGGGGGGUAGACGACCCACCAGGACAAUUGGCAUGUCCCCGGAGGAGGAGGAGAGGCGCCAGGUCAGGAGAGAGAGAAACAAAAUGGCUGCUGCUAGAUGCCGAAAACGAAGAAUGGAUCAUACCAAUGCUCUACUUGAAGAAACCGAGGGCUUGGAACACAAGAAGCAGAGUCUUCAGGACGAAAUUCAUCAGCUCCAACAAGCAAAAGACGAGUUGGAAUUUAUCUUAGAAGCCCAUCGUUCAGUUUGCCGACUGCGUUCGUCCUCACCUCCAGACGUAAAACCGAUCAUAAAAUCCGAGGCAUUCAUCGAUCCAUCAGAGCGUGAUACAUCGACCCCCAAUCUCCGACCAAAUCGUCCAAAUUCCCUGCCCGUGGGCUUUGAUAAUAACAAUCGACCGACAAGUCUCAACUUUGUGGAGCCAAAACAACGACCAGACUCCCUUCAUUAUAAGACAGUGGAGACACCAGCUUUCAUGAAAACAGCUAAUGAAGUUGCUGGGAUACCCAUCACCACACCCUCCAGUGGCAUCCCCUUUAAUUUUGAUUCGUUGAUGGAGGGGGGCACUGGUCUCACUCCUGUGUCAACUCCAUUGGUUCCAUCCUGCUCGACUCAACAAAGAAACAAUGUCUCAGCUGUUGAUCUCACUUCACCAGAUGUCAAUCCACCUAAACUUGUCAGCUUGUGACGCCAGGAUGAUAUCGAGGGAACUUCUAACGACGAAGAACUAGACUAAAAUAAUGCUUCAACAUUUUUUUUUUGACAACUCAAAUGACGUAUGAGGAAAUUGACGAGGACUCCGGGAGUCGAUGAUAAUUAUUUCUCUUGAAAAAUCAUUUUGUAUAAAUUAAGUGGGGAAUUGAUCGAAAUUUCUUUGCAAAUAGUAGCGAAAUUCGAUCUUGCUGAAAUUUCCUGCAAAUUUCCCUGGAAUUUCAUGAGUUAUACCAAAAUUCAGCACUAAUUUAAUUAGAAUUCUAUGAACUUCGAGCGGGAAUACUAGAAAAAUUUUAAGUCAGGAAUAAUUAAAAAAUAUUUCCUAAAAACAUGACUCAACAGAACAAAAAUACAGCCAAUGCAAUUAGAGGGGACUUUCAGAGUUGAUUGUUGAAAAUCAAUGCUGGGUUUUCCUUUCAGCUUUGUGAAUUAAUUCUACUAGGAAUUUCAUUACUUCAAUUGUCGUUUGGUCCCUCGUGAUGGAGCAAGAUUAUUAUUUACGUCAGGACAUCACAUGAAGAUAUGAGGAACAGUUGCCAUAAAUGUAUUUGUUUUUUUGAAUUAAGAUUUCUCUCUUUAUAUAGAAUAAUUCUCAUUUUCUAUCGAACAUAUAUUUUUUUUUGUUUGAAUAUGAUGUGGAGGCUUUUUUGGAAUAAAGGUUGGAGAUGAAUCCACUGGGGUGUUUGCUUUGAAAGUUUUUCGAGAGAAUGUAUGAAUAAAAUUUAUGAGUAUUCUCAGUAUUGAGUAAAUUGUCAAGGUUCAAAGUCGAAAAAAUUUUCUAAGUCUGAAUUUCGAGAUGUAGGGGAUAGCUUUAUAUUCUGAAUUUUUACCAUUUUAUACGAUUUAUCGAGGGGUGAAAAAAAAAUAAAACAUUUGAAACUGAAGAAAUUGAUCUCUCGAGGGGAUUUUUUGAAUUGAGCAAAACAUCAACAAAAUUCAUUCGUCUUACUCGCGUAAUGAUGAAGACGUCUUUAUGCUCAGUCGUGAGAUCACAAAUUGGCUUAAGACAUUGGGAACUAUUUGUAGCUCAAGCCCUCAAUUAAUGUAAGAAUUAAAUUAUGGAUUCUAGUACCAAAAUACGAUUUGUCCUUUUGAAUAGAUGAACUGGCUUCAAUCUGCAAUAUCUCGACAUGGGCAGAGUGAAAAUCGAUAAUUUUUUUUUCGAUUUGAACGUCUUUUUGCCGUCUUCAAAAUGAGACGUGAAUGACGAAAAUUGUAUCGUUGGUUCGUGAGAUAUUGGAGUUGAUACAAAGUUCAGUUUGCCUUUUGUCGUUGUUGGCUCUAAUUCAUUCCUGAGUGUUCAUUCUGCUCAAAUUCAUUCCUGAAUUUUUGAACACUCACUGCAUGAUUGAAUCCUAUUUAUGCAUCAUGAGCCAUUAUUUUACAAUUAUAAUGAAGAAGUCAAUUUUUCUAUUGUCGAUUUUUCGAGAAAAUUGUGCAAAUUUUUGCGAUCUAUUGAUUUAUCUUGUAAUACAAUGUGGAGAUACUUGAUAGUCUACGAAGAUUUUACAUGACUCUAAGCAAUAUUAAUAUAUUCAGACGCGAUUGACGAUUGUGGUGAUAAAUAUUGGAAUUUCACAAUAGACAUUUGUGAGAAUGUACUCGAUGGUGAAGUGUGUGGAUAUUGUAAUACACAUUGAUACGAUAUAUUUUUGAGAUAUGAGAAUAAAAAUUAAUGGAAUAAAAUAA